AUGGCUAAGGAGUGCCCAUCAUCAAUGGAAGAAGGCAAAGUUACUGGUACCAUAUCUGUACACGAGACCAUUAUGAGCGCGGGAUGCUGCAAGACCAAGCAACCACACAUAUACCAGUCAAACACGAACAACUAUGACGACUUCGAUAACAGGGAAGCCCAAACAGCUGGUGAAUAUGUGACUGCCGCAGACGAGGGAUCUGGAAAACUCGAACAUCUAGGAGCGUUCGACUGCGAGUGUAACUGCAAAAAACAAUUAGAACUAAUAGCUGAAGAUGACACCGACGACGAAAGCGAGGACAACACCAAUGACGAAAGCGAGGACGAAAGAGAGGACGAAAGAGAGGACGAAAGCGAGGACGAAAGCGAGAGCGACAUCAAGGUCGACACCAAGGUCGACACCAAGGACGACACCAAGGACGACGAAAGCGACAAUGACAUCGACACUCAAACAGGUCAUAUGGUUGGUGGAUCUGACACACCCUUCAGGUCUGAAAUGCGUCUCUCCAGUUCAGCUAGCCGAACUAUGGGGGCGCCUUCCGAAGCUCAGAGUAACAGAAAUGACACUACUGUAACCGCCGGUACUGUCCCGUCGGUGGAUAGUCAAAGCGACACAGCUCUUCGACAUCCAGAGGAGUCACACGUGCGAGAUUGGCUGCGUACUCAACCUGACCCAGACACUCAACAUCUGGAUCCUCCAGUUUAUAUCCAUGCGCCUGUCUUUGUUCCCGAAUUCUCUGACAAUUCCAGUGAAGAAUAUUCGGGUAAUACGACUCUCAGUGAGGACUGGGUAGCGGAACGCGAGCAAAAUCGGAUGGCUCAACAAGACAACCAAGACUGUGGGCAAUGA